UCUGGUUUAGACUCUGCUCAGAGAAUUUGUGCGUUAUUUCUGUAAAUCCAGUCGUAAAGAGGAAGUAUUUUGUAGAACUAGUUUAAUUGUAUAUAAUUGUAUUUAAUUUAAAUGAAAACAGUAUCGUGUAAUAUAAAUAAAAUGGGCCAAGUGAGAGCUAACAUCAUAAGUGAGGUUAGGAAGCGAUUUAAUCUUACAGAAAAAUAGUUUGCGUCGAUUUUCACGAAUGCUGAUUGUUUUUAUAUUUCCUCUUGCGUCAAGAUUGCAUCAAGCGGCUCGUUUAUUUUAGAUUGCUAGCAACAAUGGCAGACGAUGGAGAACGCAAUCAACAACUAUUUUUCGCAGUCCAGACAGGAAAUCUAACUAAAGUCAAGAGUAUCUUACAACAUGUUGGUAAUCGUCGAUUAUCUUGGUCUUCCGAAUAUGAUUUACUUACCACAGCUCUCACAAAUAAUCACAUGGAAAUUGCAAAGGUGCUCUUAAAUAGCAAUUUUUCCUGUCAUCAAAAACACUUUCACUUGGCCAUCCUGCAUGCGAACGUUGAAGUUCUUCAGAUUAUAAGAAUGCGAGUGUGCAAAAGAGUGCACAGAGAAAGGACAGAUAACUCUUCUGAAAAUGAUUACAAAAAAGAACUACGUGCUAUACACGUCUUUGCAAAAAGACGCCCUGUUGAUGAAGAAUGUGAGCGUGUUUUAAGUCUCAUCCUCAGCAUCAAAAGUUCAUCAAUCAAUAUAGUUCACACUUUAUCUGGAUUUAUAUCAAUGCAUUUCGCCGCAGAAUGUGGAAACGCUGAAAUCAUUCCGUUAUUAUUGAGCGUCAAAUCCCAUAUCAAUGGAAAGACACACGAAGGUCAGACUCCGCUUCAUCUGGCAGCCGCCAAUUGUCACGCGGAAACCGUACGCGUACUAUUGAAAAACGGGGCGAAAAGCAAUAUAAGGGACAAGGAAAACAAAACAGCUCUCUGUUUAGCAGUAGAAAAUGAAGAUGUGCCAACAAUAGAAGCUUUUUUGGAAACCAAGAGAAGAAUAAAUACUGACCCCUUGGUUGUAUAUUGUGCUGUUGACACAAAUAAUGCUUCAAUUGUGAAAAAAAUCUUGGUGAAAGGUGGCAAUCCUAAUAGUCCUGUUCCCGAAACUGGAGCAUUAGCACUCCACUUGGCCGUUGAUAAGGGAUCUCACGAGAUUGUUGAUUUACUGUUGCAAUAUAAAGCCAACCCUAACGCAGUAGUGGAAGUAACUGGGAUGACGGCUCUUAUAAUGGCCGCCGAGCAAGAUCAUAUCGAGAUCUUCCAAUUGCUUUUGCGUUAUGGUGCACAACCUGACGCAAAAGACAAGCAAAAUAGAACCGCACUUCACUGGGCUACCAACAAUGGUUCCCUGACAUUGGUUACUGCUCUUCUGAAAAGUGGGUGCGAAGUUACAUCUCUCUUCAGCCAAGAAGGAGAAGCAGGGUACACGCCGCUUCACAUUGCGGUCGAUAAGGGAUAUCCAGAUUUCGUAAGGUUAUUUUUAGAUGCAGGUGUCUCCGUAAAUUUGACCACAAAAGGCGGAUUUAUGCCUCUUCAUCUCGCGGCUGAAAGAGGAAAUUUAACGAUGGUUAAACUUCUUUUGGAAUACGACGCAGACCCCAGUGCCGAAGGAGCAACGUUUAUAGAAACGCCUUUAUUUUUCGCCGCACAAGCUGGUAACGCUCAAAUCGUAGAGAUUCUCUCAGAAAUUAGUCCAAAUCGUAAGGAUGAAUGGGUGGAAGGAUACUUUUCGUUAUUUAUAGCAGCAUAUCAAGGACACGAAGCAAUAGUAAAAAAGCUACUGAAAAAGAAAGUCGAUCCAAAUGCCAUGAUUAGAAACGCGCUAACUCCUCUAACAGCUGCCGCACAACAGGGACAUAAAAAGAUUGUGAACAUUCUUCUGAGACACAAAGCUAAAGUAAAUCCAAACGCAGAUGAUGGCGAGGAGGAGAACAGAUUCUUGACUCCACUGAUGGCUGCUUGUCUCUCGGGGUACGAGGAAAUAGUUCAGAUUCUUCUACGUAGAGGCGCUGAUAUAAAUGCAAAAAUUACUACCACGCCCGAGAGUAUGCAGUACGAAGUUGCGUCUCUUCUAAUGUAUGGAAACUCCUCCUAUUCCGAGUUGCUAUCAACAAAUUUUAAAAUAGGAUACAUGCCUAUUCAUUUCGCAGCGGCAAGUGGGAAUAUAAGAAUUGUCGAAAUGCUAAUAAAUCGUGGAGCUGACAUAAAUGAAUGCGCUGAAAUAAAGAAGGAUUCGGAUUGCAUUGAAGAGAACGAUGCGAGACCGAUUUGUCUUGCGGUAGAGAAGCAACACGAGGACAUUGUUACAUAUCUCUUAGAUUCUGGUGCUUCUAUUGGUGCUAACAAGUCUGGUUCACUUUUGCUCUUCAAAGCUAUCUUCCAAAAGAAUCCAUGCAUUGUCGAUCUUCUUCUAAAGCACAACGCUCCAUUAAAUUUCACGCAUUCGUAUUCUGGAAUGGUCUUCACACCUUUACAUUUUGCUGUGAUGUUUAGUAACGUGCAGGUUGUUGAAGUUCUUCUGAAGAAAGGAGUAGAUGUAGAUGUCACUAGUGAAUUAGACUUUCCUCUGCAUUGCGCUGUCCAAAAGGAGGAUGAAGGGAUCAUAUCGAAACUCAUCGAGUACGGAGCAUGCCUUGACUCUGUGUGUUCAGAAGGACUGACGCCCAUAUUUCAUGCUGUAGCAGCUCACAAGACUAAUGCUGUAAAAGCACUUGCAAAGAAUGGAGCUUCCUUGAAUUUGGCUUCAAGGAAUGGUGAUUAUUUAUUACACUUUGCUCUUAGUAAUAGGGUGGACGAAAAUAUGAUUAGAGUGAUCGUGGAAUGUGGAGUUGACGUUAAUAAAGUGCAAAACAAUCUGUUGCCAAUAGAAAGAAUUAUUAACAGAAAGAGACUCUAUGAUAGCGAAGAUAUUCUGUCUUACGAUAUUGAUCGCAUGCUGAUGAUCUUUUUAAGAAAUGGCCUUGAUGUGAACAGUCCAUUGAAUGAUAGUGGGGAAACUCUUCUGCAUCACGCAGCUUACCAUCGAAAUUUGGAGAGAGUGAAGUUGUUGCUUCAAUAUGGUGCUGACUUUAAUCGUCGAAAUAGACAAGGUCACACACCUAUGUUUUUCGCGCUACAGAAUCAGAUAGAGCUUUCCUACGCCAUAAUCCAAGCAAUAACCAGGACAGAAGCUAAAGGUGGUUACAUAAACCCAGAAAAUUUUGUAUUGAUGAAGAGAAAGUCUCUCAAAGACUACCAUAACCGCUGCAAAACUGAAAUAGAAGAAAUGAAGCUAAAGAAGAUUGCUCGCCAGGUUUCCUAUUUCUCAGUCUUAAUUUCAGAUGAACAAGAUUUAGCUAUUUAUGCUGGGAAUAACAAAAUCAUCAAAGCUAUGGAAUCCGCGGAUUUGAAACUUAUCUUUCCAGUGUAUAGUGAAGAUUUGAAAAUUUGUUUUGAGCGAGGCGUUACUAGAAAGAAGCUAUUGAAAGUUAGCAUUGGGGUCUUAAAAAAGGUUUUAGAUAUGGAACUGCCGACUCUUAUAGUCAACGAAAUUUUCAAGAAUCUAAGAUCUACUGAUUUAAAAAACUUGUGCAGGGCGCGUUAUCCGAUUAUUUUUUUGGAUUCUGAUCAAAUUGACAAAUAAUUUUUUGUCGGAAUAUUCUCUUACGUAAAAUAAAAAUGUGACCAAAGCAUACGUUUAUUUAUGUACUAUUAUGUCUACAUAUUAUUUAUUUGUUAGUAUUAAAAAGUGGAUUGAAAAUAUAUCAGAGGAGAGCAUUCAAAAUGUAUAUUGAUCAUCAGUGUUAGAGUUGUGAAAAUAUUUUAUGAAGAUUGUCUAUAAAGAUUGUUUUGAAGAGUUUGUGUUUACGAGAUAUGUGUAAUUAGGUCAGAUUAGUUUUUGUGAGAAAUGUGUGCGGUGCACGCAAUUGGACAAAUUUAUUUUUACAUUCAGAGGACAAAUAUUAAAAUUUUUAUGUUUCAUUUAUAUAUGAUAUAACGUGAAAAACCUGUUAAUAAAUCAGAUAAGUUUAAAGUA